AUGGCUGAAGUCCAACUCAUAGCCACCCUGCGACCGGCUCCCGGAAAAGAGAAAGAACUCAGAUGCCUCCUUUGCCACACGACACGUCUUGUGGAGCAGGCGGAGCCAUUAUGCCUGACAUUUCUUCUAACAGAACACCACCGAGCGGAUGGCAGCUUGGAGUUCAAGGUCAUCGAAAGAUGGGCCAAUACGAAUGCACUUGAGCACCACCAUAAUCGUCCCUGGCUCCGCGAGAUGUAUUCCACAUUCCUGGCGAAGCAAAUAUUAGACGGACCAGAGCAGAUUGAAAUGCUGACUGUCAUUGCUGGGUUUGCCGUGCGUUAG